CCCGAAUUAGAUAGUCGUAUCCCGCUCAGCGCUCGCAAUGCCUCGCAUGCCACUCGCGCUGAACACCCUACUCGAUGUGAUCGAGAACAAAAACAAAUCGAGAACGAAUCUCCGUGUCGAAUUUCGAAGGCGAUAAGGAACCUUAACUUAACUUACGAAUUUACACCCAGAUGGCAACCUUCAAGAACACCCUCAGCGUGUUUUUGUCAUGGUUGCAGGCUCUCGACCACGUUGCUGUGUACCACAAGUGUUUGGCUAUGUGCGCUCAGACUCUUCCCAAUUACGCUCACUUGUAUUUUACGUCUACUGAAUACCUCACUUACUCAUGUCAAAAGCAUCUAGUACCAGUGACCGCGCCGAGAAUCAUACCAAUGAAAAGUUUGCCCCAGAACAGGGUACUCCAGGGCCCCCGGACAAUUCAGAGGAGAAUGAACAUGGUGGGCCUUCAGCGGUAAAGCUACCAUCAGGGAUCUCGAACACCGGGCCUUCCCAGUCAUCAGAACCUCACAAACAGGAAAGUGUUUCCAAAGUUGCACCGGAUGGCUAUUUAGCUCUUGGGGCGGAGAAAGACCAGCCAACUCUAAACGAAUUAUCAGAUACCAUGAAGAAAGUAUUGGAAGUUCUCCAGAAUUCGUCGAUUGUGCCGAAGACUCGGGCUGGCAAGGACAAUCGGUCUCGUUUCUGGAGGUUGUACGGACUAGUCGCAGCGGAACACGACAGCGACUUCAUCAAGCGAUGCACCGACGACAUGGAGAGUAUCUUGCUCUUUUCUGGUCUUUUCUCCACUGUCAGCUCGUCUUUCAUUGUCGCAAUGGAUUCCAAUCUCAGUCCCGACCUCAGCGACACCACGAAUGCCCUUCUCACCCAACUCGUGCAAAUUGGACUCGGCAACUUCACUGCAGCGGGAUCCACGCCCGUAGACCCGGCAUCUACUUGGUCGCCGACUGUGCUUGCCCUGAGGAUCCAAAUGGUCGCAUAUGCAAGCUUGUCCAUGAGCUUGCUAGCCGCAUUCGGGGCCGUACUAGGCAAGCAGUGG